ACCCGAAGAAGGUGUUCGUCAGUGGUUCCAGAGACUUCUCCAAGGGUACUGUAGUCGUCUAUCAAGAUUCCAAACCAAUCUUUGGUCAGGAGAAGGUGCACGACAGUGUCGUCUGUUUGACCAGACGGAUUCGAAGGAUAUCAAGGAGGGACCCCGGUCGGCGGGGGUUAAAAUCAUCGGGACGGCAGAUGUCAGAAUGCCGGAGCAGAGUAACGACUAUCGCGUGGUGGUGUUUGGGGCGGGUGGCGUUGGCAAGAGUUCCCUCGUGCUGCGUUUUGUGAAAGGAACCUUUCGUGAGUCGUAUAUACCCACUAUCGAGGAUACUUACAGACAGGUGAUAAGCUGCAAUAAAAACAUAUGCACGCUUCAAAUUACGGACACAACGGGGUCUCAUCAGUUUCCCGCGAUGCAGCGGCUCUCCAUAAGCAAAGGUCACGCGUUCAUCCUGGUGUAUUCGGUGUGCUCGCGGCAAAGCCUCGAGGAGCUACGACCAAUCUGGGCCAUUAUUAGGGAACUCAAGGGACAGGAUACAUCGCAGAUACCUAUAAUGCUGGUUGGGAACAAAUGCGACGAGAGUCCGUCGGUACGCGAGGUAUCGAUGAGCGAAGGCGCAGCUGAAGCGGCGAACUGGGGUUGUGGCUUCCUAGAGACGUCCGCCAAGACAAAUCAUAACGUGAAUGCCCUAUUCCGGGACCUUCUGAUGCUCGAGAAGAACCGAUCAGUGUCUUUGCAACCGGUGCAGAGCAAUAACGCAAUCAGUCUGAAGGAAAAGUGCUCCGUGAUGUAACCUACUGCGACAAGAGCAACCAUAAUCGUGGAAAAAUUACGGUGCAAGAGGCAAGAAACUAGGAAAGAUCUGUCAGCAGUCGCAGUACUCGAAGAAAAUGCUGUUCGUGCUGAUUUUUUGACCCGGCGAGUCGCAGGCCACAGUAGUCUCGACACGACCAGUAGUUAGGUUAGUUUAGCUUUGCGCGACCGAAAGGGACGAUAGAUAUCUACGAGACCACGUGUUAUACAGGGUGUAUCUAAUGCUCUGUAU